AGAGCCUAUCGACAGAGGAAAAACUCAGUGGUACUCUUCACUGUGAACUCUCUCGGAAUACUCUCCUUCUGGUUUGGGUGUUCACGGGAGCCGAAGCAGCUACUGCUUGAUAGGAGUUUUCUACACCAGGCUCAGUGCUACAUUGUAGCUGAGGAUAUUCAUUUGGGUUUUACGCGCGAAGCCAAGAAAAUGACUCAUUUUAAUAAGGGGCCAGCCUACGGAUUAUCUGCUGAAGUGAGGAGCAAAAUUGCUCAGAAAUAUGACCCACAAAAGGAGGAGGAGCUCCGCUUCUGGAUUGAGGAAGUAACAGGGAUGUCUAUUGGAGAGAACUUCCAGAAAGGGUUGAAGGAUGGAGUUAUCCUCUGCGAACUGAUUAAUAAGCUGCAACCUGGUUCAGUAAAGAAAAUCAACCUUUCACAGUUGAACUGGCACAAGCUGGAAAACCUUGGGAAUUUCAUCAAAGCUAUCCUGGCCUAUGGUCUAAAGCCCAAUGACAUCUUUGAGGCCAAUGACUUGUUUGAAAAUGGGAACAUGACUCAAGUCCAGACCACACUGCUCGCUCUGGCCAGCAUGGCAAAAACCAAAGGUAUGGACACAAAGAUUGAUAUUGGGGUGAAAUAUGCAGACAAACAAGCUCGACAUUUUGAUGAUGAGAAGAUCAAGGCUGGUCAGUGUGUCAUUGGACUGCAGAUGGGAACAAACAAGUGUGCAAGUCAGGCUGGAAUGACUGCUUAUGGAACCAGAAGACAUCUGUAUGAUCCAAAGACUCAGACUGACAAACCCUAUGACCAGACCACCAUCAGCCUGCAGAUGGGAACCAACAAAGGCGCCAGCCAGGCAGGGAUGUCUGCCCCUGGUACUCGCAGAGACAUCUUUGACCAGAAAGUGGCACUACAGCCACUGGACAACACCACCAUCUCCCUCCAGAUGGGCACCAACAAGGUGGCGUCUCAGAGGGGUAUGAGUGUGUACGGUCUGGGUCGACAAGUCUAUGACCCCAAGUACUGCGCCCCCCCAACAGAGCCGGUCAUCCACACUAAUGGCAGCCAGGGCACUGGCACCAACGGCUCCGAGAUCAGCGAUAGUGACUAUCAGGCCGAGUUCCAGGAGGAUGAGUACCAUGGAGGUUAUCAUGACAACUACAGCUCCCAUUACAACGACCAGGGCAUUGACUAUUAGUGGUAACUUCCUCCUCCAGAGCAGUAUUAACAAGUGUACUUUAUCUACACAACAGAGCAAGUCUUUUGCUAUCCUCACUAGUCUUUAUUCUCUUGAAGCAUAAAAUGAAAUGUUGCCUUGACUGCUUUCCUUCUUCACCUAGACUCUAUUAUCUGAGCAGCAAAGGUUGCAAGAAGUUGUAGCAUAGAAUAAUGAGAUGCAAAGAUACAGUGAUGAAUAUGUUUUUUUUUUUUAAGCUAAAGAGCAUUCUUUUUAAUACCCACUUUUUAAAAGAUGUCUUAAUGAUGGAACACUGAAGUAGUGAUUACUUUGUUGAUGGAUGGUGUAGCAUAAAGUGAAGCUGCUGCAUUCCAAUGUUUAUAUUCCUUGGACUGAGACUUUGCUGAUCUAUGUGAAAGGGAUUCCCAUGUGUAGUCCUCAACAAUAGGCUGAUGUACGUGCCUUUUGCCCCCUCUGUGUUUUGUCUAUAUUCAUACACCAAUCCACAGUUUGUGUUACUGGUAUUCUUUACUUUUUUCUUUCUUUUUUUUUUUUUUACCACAUUUAAUCACUAGAUAGUUGUUUUCUUUAAAUAUUGAGCAUGUAAAUCCUGAUGGCUGUCAGUGCAGAUGACCAAACCUAAGCUGACUCUAUUUCACAGCUAGACUUCCACGUGGCAUCACAUGACCUAUAUUUUCAUAUCGUUUCCCUUGUAUUCCCAAAACUGUAUUUAUUGUGAUGACACUCAUUGCAAAACAGUCCACUGUUGAAUGGUUCAUAAAGAAAAUGGUAUGUUAUAAAUAAAACCUUAAAUUCUUCAAUUCUGA